AUGGCUGCAAACCGACCAAAUCAAACUUCGAACGAAGAAGAGGAUAGUCCUACAGAUACCAACCCUGCAUUUCCUGAUUCUCCGACUAUUCCACCUGGGGAUAAUAAUGUCACAGAAGAUCCUCGUCUGUCGAUUUCUCCUAGUAAUCCAGGCUCUUCUUCAAUAACUUCACCUACAACUACACCACCAUCUCAUGCCAAUACGUUUAAUCCAUCAUCUCCUGCCCAUUUAUCGAACCGCCCUCAACCAACAUCUUCAUCUAAUCAACCUAACCAUCGUGUUCCCACGCCGGCUGGCAGCCAGUCACCGAUAGUAACAGUGUCAACGACAACAAGAAGACAUUAUCAUCAUCACGGUGAUAAAAGAAGAAAUUAUCAAGGUGAACCUCAUAUACCUCAAGCACCACCAGUCCCACCUGCACCUGCUCCUUCCAUGUACUGGUCAAAAAUUAGAACCCAUGAUACAAUGUACUGGAGUAAGCCAAGAACUAUCGGUGAUCCCCCACCGGCAUGUCGUGCUCAUUCCUCCACUCUUGUAGAUAAAAGAUUAUUUAUAUUUGGGGGAGGGGAUGGGCCCGAAUAUUUCAAUGACCUAUAUGUAUUCGAUACUGAUACACUCACUUGGACUAAACCAAAAACAUCUGGCAAUAUUCCGUCAAGACGCCGUGCACAUACCACCGCCUUCUAUAAUAGUUGCAUUUAUGUUUUUGGUGGGGGCGAUGGAGUUCGUGCCCUCAACGAUGUAUACAAGCUAGAAAUUACUGAUAUGAACAAUUUGGUUUGGCAAAGACUAGAAACAACUGGGAGACCUCCAAUUUCUAGAGGUUAUCACACUAGUAAUCUCGUAGGAAAUAAGCUUGUGGUUUAUGGUGGCAGUGACGAAAGAAACAAUUGGACUAAGGUUAAUAUUGAAAAUUCUCGCCAACGGCUUUCACAUACUGCAACACAAGUAGGAUCUUAUUUAUUUAUCGUUUGUGGGCACGAUGGUGUACGGUAUACCUCGGAAGUCCUUUUAUUAAAUUUGGUUACUAUGCAGUGGGAAGUCCGCAAAGUAUAUGGCACACCACCAUCAGGCAGGGGGUAUCAUACCACAGUACUUUACGAUUCUCGACUCUUCGUUUUUGGGGGAUAUGAUGGUCACAGCGUCUUCGAUGAUGUUUAUGUUUUGGAUUUGUCAGCCUGUGCAUAUUUGCCGCAAAUUACAAAUUUUCAACUUCCCGAGUUUUGA